CGCCAGCUUGCUGGAGACUCCCGGGUCCCAGCGCGGGACUGGGGCUAGGGGUGGACAGCCCAGCAGACCUGGAGGGCGCUCAAGGGGACCCCGGGCUUUACUAUGAAGGCGCCGGGGAGCGCGUGAGGAGGAUGCACCAGCAGGCUCCGCAGCGGGAGGAGGAGUAGGCGGUGGUGCCCUCGGGAGGGAGCCGCUCACGGGCCAGAGGCUCCCGGAGGCUCCGCAGUGCCGCCGCCGUCGCCCGGGAGGCUCAGCACGGGAGCCAUGUAACCCUGCGGUGGGCUCCGGGCUGCUCCGUUUUUCGUCUGCUCCCGGGCUAGCGCGGCAGCGGGGCCACAAUGAAGAAGCAGUUCAAUCGCAUGCGCCAGCUGGCCAACCAGACGGUGGGCAGGGCAGAAAAGACUGAAGUUCUGAGUGAAGACCUUCUUCAGGUGGAGAAGCGGCUGGAGCUGGUGAAGCAGGUGUCCCACAGCACACACAAGAAGCUCACCGCCUGUCUGCAGGGCCAGCAAGGUGCAGAGGCUGACAAGCGCUCAAAAAAAUUGCCUUUAACAACAUUGGCUCAGUGUUUGAUGGAGGGGUCAGCUAUCCUGGGAGAUGACACACUUCUAGGGAAGAUGCUGAAACUCUGUGGAGAGGCAGAGGACAAGCUGGCACAGGAGCUGAUCCACUUUGAAUUGCAAGUGGAGAGAGAUGUGAUCGAGCCCCUAUUUUUGCUGGCUGAGGUGGAAAUCCCAAAUAUUCAAAAACAGAGGAAACAUUUAGCAAAGUUGGUGCUGGACAUGGAUUCUUCACGAACAAGGUGGCAGCAGACUUCCAAGUCUUCAGGUUUGUCCAGCAGCUUACAGCCUGCCGGUGCCAAAGCCGAUGCCCUCAGGGAAGAAAUGGAGGAGGCUGCCAACCGAGUGGAGAUUUGCAGGGACCAGCUCUCAGCGGACAUGUACAGUUUUGUGGCCAAAGAAAUUGACUAUGCAAACUACUUUCAAACACUAAUAGAAGUACAAGCUGAAUACCACAGGAAGUCACUGACACUCUUGCAGGCGGUGCUGCCUCAGAUAAAAGCACAACAAGAGGCCUGGGUGGAGAAGCCUUCCUUUGGGAAGCCCCUGGAGGAACACCUCACCAUCAGCGGCCGGGAGAUCGCCUUCCCUAUCGAGGCAUGUGUGACCAUGCUGCUGGAGUGCGGGAUGCAGGAGGAGGGACUCUUCCGAGUAGCCCCAUCCGCCUCCAAGCUGAAGAAGCUGAAAGCUGCCCUCGACUGCUGUGUGGUGGAUGUGCAGGAAUACUCUGCAGACCCCCAUGCAAUUGCAGGAGCUUUGAAAUCUUACCUCCGAGAGUUACCAGAACCUCUUAUGACCUUUGAACUCUAUGACGAGUGGAUUCAGGCUUCCAACAUCCAGGAGCAAGACAAGAGGCUUCAGGCUCUGUGGAAUGCUUGUGAAAAAUUGCCCAAGGCCAAUCACAACAACAUCCGAUACUUGAUCAAAUUUUUAUCGAAGUUGUCAGAAUAUCAAGAUGUAAACAAGAUGACUCCCAGUAACAUGGCAAUUGUGUUAGGACCCAACCUCCUAUGGCCACAAGCAGAGGGGAACAUCACAGAGAUGAUGACCACCGUUUCCCUGCAGAUUGUUGGGAUCAUCGAGCCCAUCAUCCAGCACGCAGACUGGUUCUUCCCUGGGGAGAUAGAGUUCAACAUCACAGGGAACUACGGGAGUCCAGUGCACGUGAACCACAACGCCAACUACAGCUCAAUGCCCUCCCCAGAUAUGGACCCCGCUGACCGGCGCCAGCCCGAGCAGGUCCGCCGGCCCCUCAGCGUUGCAACAGACAACAUGAUGCUGGAGUUUUACAAAAAGGAUGGCCUUAGGAAAAUCCAAAGCAUGGGCGUGAGGGUGAUGGACACAUCCUGGGUGGCUCGAAGAGGCUCCUCGGCAGGCCGGAAAGGGUCAUGUGCCCCGCCCUCCACGCAGCCCCCUGCCCCGCCAGCAGAGCUGGCCGCACCUCUGCCCUCGCCCCUUCCGGAGCAGCUCCCAGAGGAACCCACAGUGCCCUCGCUUUCUCCAUCCAGCCUGGGCCUCCAGCCUGGGGCUGAACGGACCAGCACUUCCAAAGGCAAGGAACUUUCUCCAGGGUCUGGACAGAAGGGAACUCCGGGCUCCAGCCAAGGGGCACCCUGCGUGGGGACGCAACCAGGGAUGCAGCCAGGCACCAGCCCCAGCCAGCCGCCUGCAGACCAGAGCCCUCACACUCUCCGGAAAGUUUCCAAAAAGCUGGCCCCGAUUCCACCCAAGGUUCCCUUCGGCCAGCCAGGCGCUGUGAUGGAACAGUCCCCCAGCCAGCCCUCCCCACUCAGCCUGUCUCCUACGCCACCAAGCACCCCGUCGCCCUACGGACUGAGCUACCCUCACGGGUACCCCUUGGCCUCAGGCCAGCUCUCCCCAGCUGCUGCAGCACCCCCUCUGGCCUCCCCUUCCAGCUUCACGAGCACUUUAACCAAAUCACGGCCCACCCCUAAGCCCCGGCAGAGGCCCACCCUGCCGCCUCCGCAGCCGCCCACGAUGAACCUCUCCGCCUCCAGUCCGCAGUCCACGGAGCACCCGGUGCUCGACGGCAUGUCCCCCGGGGAAAGCAUGUCUACAGAUCUCGUUCACUUUGAUGUCCCCUCCAUCCACGUAGAGCUUGGAUCCACGCUCCGCCUGAGUCCCCUGGAGCACGCACGGCGACCCUCGGUGACUGAGAAGAGGGACUCGGAGGAGGAGUCUGAGAGCACCGCCCUUUGACACGCGUGUACACACCUGGGCCCGGACCAGCACACAGCCAGCGCCCAUGGGCUUGCCAAGGGUCCUCCAUUGGCUCUUUGGUGUCACUGCUAACACAAGGCUGGAGUUUUGCAGAAAACUGCCAAUUCCAGCCUGUGUGGCAAAUGUCGGUGGUGCCAAUUUUGUUUGUUCCCUUUGGAUGGUGACUUUGGCCUUUUGUUUGAUCUUUGCCUUUUGACUUUGUGCCUAUUUGAUCCACUUUCGGCCUCCGUGCCCAGCAACAGCCCUCCCCACCCAAGGGCCCGCUGGUGGGAACUGUCUGCAGGGUGGGGCUGUGAGGGAGGCCGAGCUGUCCCCGGGGUUAGGCCUGGGGCCACCACCGGCUCUGACGGCAAACGGCUCUGUGGCUGCAGCAGGGAGAUGGGGUAGCAGGGGCUCUUUGCUCUGGGGGACUAGAUCCGGGACCCUCGGCGCCCUGGGGCUGCCUGCUGCCAGGGGAGGCUGCCCGUCACUGUGGGGUCUGAAGUAAAUGGCUUAAAACAAAAUCUGUUUCACUUCUUAAGUUUCAUUUUUCCACACCCUGUGACUGAAAGCUCCUGUUUCUACCUUAUUGUUUUACACUUUCGAAUUUAAAAACUGACUUUAAGGAUGUCUAGAGGGCCUGAAGGUAGCUCCCGCACCCCCGUCAAACAUCUGAUCACAUGACAGCCCCACAAGGUGUGUGGGGUCCAGGAGCCGCCACCUCUCUGGCGGUCACAGGUGAACAGCAAUAACUGUUACCCAGAGCAGGCGGCCGGAGGUGGCGCAGGCCCUCAGACCCCGGGCCAGCGCCGCAGCCCGCGGUGCGGCGAGCCUGUCACGCUUGGGGUGGAGGCGGCAAGGAACGUGCGGGCCGUGCAUGCCAAGUCCGACUCUACAGUUUUAUCCUUUUAAAAUAGAUACGAUAUACCUAUACACGAUAUAUUUGUACAUAUGAAAUUUCUCUAUAUUUGUUUAAUUUGAGCCAUUCAAUCUAAACCAAUGUACAGGUGUACAAUGAGACAUUUAAACGCUUAGUUAUUUUUCCCAACCAUGUAAAGCCGCUUCUCUCUGACUGUGGGACCGGCCAACUUGGACGCUAGCAGCUUCACGCACUUCCUGGCCGGGGCGGCUCAGCACCCAGUUUGUAAUGAAGCCCGGGGGUUGAAAGUAUCUUUAAAAACAUGUACAAAUAGUUGUCAAAAGUCAUCUUAUUAAAAUAGAUUUAUUCUCCCUGA